UCAAGGCAAUAAUCAUUGACCGUUACAUUUAAUUUUCUCGGAAAGUCGAAAAUGCACAAACGCACGACACGAAUAUCGACGAAGUCACACGAAAAUGAACGAAAGAGGAACAUUUCGUAGAAAAUUGAAAAAAGAAAAGUGAUAACUAACCACGUGGUGUGUUUAAAGAUACAUGUAAGUUUGAUAAUAAUGAAUGAAAUAGCAGAAAUAAAUCUGUCUUCCAUUUAAUUUCAAACUAAAUUAUAGAUCAUUAACAACCCUAUAUUCAAGUUCUCAAAACGAAAAAAAAAUUGAAUCUACACUAAGAUUUUAAUAUAUCAAAAAUAUAAACAAUAAUAUAGUGCAAAUAUAAAAAAUAUUUCAUCAUUUUGAUAAAUUUUGAAUGUGCCUUAAUUGCACAAUAUGUAACCCUGUAUGUAACUAAAUAAUAAUUAAACAAAAGGAAUAAUGAUUAAACGAAGUAAAAAUCUAAUUUUCUGUCAUACACGUAAACGUCCUUGAAUCGUUUUGUUAAAUAAGUUUUUAUUUAUUAAUUACUGUGUACAUUAAAACGGACAUUAUCCUCGGAAAGAAAGAAGAAACAAAUAAAUUUUACAUUCCUGGGGAAUGUGAAACAGUGUUAUGGAAAAUUUCUAAUUUAAAAAAUUGCUAAAACAUCGGCGUUUUUCGAGGUUAUGUUGAAACUUAACCUUCGAGUUUUGACUUGUGUGUAUAAUUAAGGUUUUUAAGGAAUUUACAUACAUUACUGUAACAAAAAAUUAAAAAUAUCAAAAUGGAAAAAGAUACCGUGGAAAUUGAUCUUGAUGAUCCUAGAUUUCGAAUUAAACCUUAUCAACAAAUGAUUGCUUCCUGUACCGGAGCCUUAUUCACAUCCAUGAUUGUGACUCCAUUAGACGUAGUGAAAAUUCGAUUACAAGCCCAGCAGAAGGCAAUGCUCUCGAAUAAAUGCUUCCUCUAUUGUAAUGGUUUAAUGGAUCAUUUGUGUUCCUGUGGCAAUGGAAAGGGACCCGAAUGGCUCAGAGCAAAUGGCAAAUUUAAUGGCACUCUGGACGCUCUAUUUAAAAUUGGAAAAAAAGAAGGGAUUAUGUCCCUUUGGAGUGGUUUGAGUCCAACUUUAGUCUUAGCAAUUCCAGCUACAAUCAUGUACUUUGUCUCUUAUGAACAAUUGAGAAUAUCACUGAAGGAUUAUCAUAAUAGGAAAUUUAACAAUGAUAAACUUCAUCAAGAGCAACCGUUUUGGAUUCCAAUAUUGGCCGGUGGUACAGCGAGAGUUUUUGCUGCAACUCUAGUGAGUCCGCUUGAGCUUAUUAGAACAAAAAUGCAAUCUCAAAGACUAAGUCACGCUGAAUUAAGACAAGCCCUGAAGACGGUUGUAAAAUAUAGUGGAGUCUCUGGUUUGUGGAUGGGUCUCAGUUCAACGCUACUUCGCGAUGUACCUUUUAGCGCAAUUUAUUGGUUUAAUUACGAAACAUUAAAGAAGACAUUUUCCAAUCUUCAGCACACAUUUACCUUCAAUUUGAUUGCUGGCGCUGCCGCUGGUUCCGUGGCCGCUUUGUGUACUAUUCCAUUCGACGUAGUGAAAACUCACAGACAAAUUGAAAUGGGAGAGAAGGAAAUUUACUCUGACAAACCUGGACGAACGAGCAGUACAAUAUCGAUAAUUAGGAGGAUAUACGAUCAAAAUGGAGUUCGUGGCCUUUAUACGGGACUCGCGCCACGCUUAAUAAAAGUUGCACCAGCUUGCGCAAUUAUGAUCGCCACAUUUGAACAAGGUAAACGCUUUUUUCAGGAACGUAAUGCUAACGAAAUGUUAGGUUUAGAAACAAAUGUCCACUCCUACAGAUAUAAGCACAAUAAUACGUAGGAAUUAGUGAGAUUUUGUGCCUAGUGCACUUGAAUAUUUUUAUUGUAAAUACAGAUGUUAAAUAUACCUCAAGAAUAAAAAUCAUUUUUCAAUUU